GGUUGUAUCAUGAACGGUGUCCCAUUCUCGACUUGAAGCAGAAUCAUAGCUUAGCUCCAUGAUAGGACGCUAGCGAUCUCCGAGGAAAGCAGCUCGUGAUCGGAUCAUUCCCACAAUUUUUUUCCACGAGAAGGAAACAAACAAGAUGGGAGAAGAAACCCUAAAACCGCGAACCUCUCUCGCAGCCCCCAUUAUCUUCUUUCUCGUAGUUUUAUUCCAGUUUCUCUCAAAAUACCUAGAAAACAUGAAGAAGAGAGGAUCCAAGAGCCCUAUGGAAAUCCAAUUGCGUGCAGAAAUAAAGCAGCUUCUGAAGGAAGCAAAUUCCUUAUCAGAGCCAUCAACAUUUGCACAAGCUGCAAAACUGAGAAGGACGGCAGCUGCUAAGGAGAAAGAAAUGGAAAAUUAUAAAGGCUUAAAUGGCAAGGAGAACAAUUUGUCAUUUGAUUCAUAUUUGAAGGUUCUAACAGCUGUAAAGGUUUUUACAUACCUUGUGUUAGUUUGCUGGUUUUGGGGUGUUCCUGUUACCAUCAUAUCUAAGCAACUCGUCCAGCCCUUUGGCACGGUGUUAUCUUGGAAGGCUGGAGGUCCAUUCAAUGACAAAGUUAUGAAAGAGGCUAGGAACACAUUGUUCUUGUUCGUAGAGCUGUUCUGCUUACACACUCUACAGUUAGUACGGAGUAGCCAUAUGCCCAAAGUUGAAAGGCCCUCUUUAUUACCAAACCUAGAGGAAGGUUAAAAAAAGUGAAAACUGAAUUGAUGAAAUUUGAAUGGAGAAAAUGAAAGAAAUCAAAUGGUAAAUUUUAUUUCAUUGCAUUCAAUUCAAUUCCAUUCCAAAGUACAAUAUGUGUAAUAAGUAGGUUCGGCAAGAGAACUGUCAAUUUUUCUACCUUGAAGUUUUCACAUACUUCUAGGGGAGAUGGUUUAAAAUGGUCACUAAACAUGAAAUGUCAGUGCAUCAACCUGGUGCCUUUGUAUGUCGCUUAUAUUCAUUUGCUUUAUGAAACUGCAGGUUGGGAUUGUCCCUUGGUUGGUAUUAUCUACCAGAGUCGGCAAAUAUAUUUGUCGGAAAGUCCUCAAGUAGAAGCUUGAGGAUUUGAAUCAUUUUUUGUGUAUUCAUUUUUAUGUAUUGACGUGUAUUAUUUCCAUUAUUUGAUCAUUGUGUCUGCAUGUACAGUAAUGGUUGGUUAACUGGGAGAAAAAGCACUUGUAAGCAAUUCUUUACAUUUGUUAUCGACCAAAAUUUUGAAAAGAAAA